CGCUGCAUCAGCACUGCACAAACCUCCAAAACCACCAAUCCUCUCGCUUUGAUUCUCUCUCUCUCUCUCUCUCUCUCUCUCCUCCACUCUUCAUAUGCAAUUCCCAAUUAACAUUCACCAACAAUUUUGAGAGCAGAGGGCUCGAAUUCGAUCACAGCCAAGAUGUCGAGCUCCAUCUUGCUCUCCCACCCUCUCUCCCCACACCUUCAUCUCCCAAAACCCAAAUUCUGUCCCUCAAUAGCCUCAAAGCCCUCCAAUUUCGAGCUCAAAAAUGUUUCCCUGCGCCGCCCCUUGAAUUCCAGCUCCACCGAUGCCCCUCGCAAGCUCAGGAAUCUCGUGCUAGCGCGAGUGGCGGAAACUGAGGCCGAGAGAAGUGAAGCCUCUUCCUCCCUGAUUGGCGAGGAUUCUGCGGAAUUCGUGUUGUCUGAGCAGAAGAUUUCUUCCUGGGUUUAUUUCACGCUAGUUUUGGGCGUCGUGCUGUACAUUCUCGACGUGGUUUGGAUCGACAACUCCACCGGCUUCGGUAAAGCAUUCGUCGACGCUGUUUCGAGCGUUUCCGGCAGCCCCGAGGUUGUGAUGUUGGCUCUUGUUUCGAUAUUUGCAUUGGUCCACAGUGGCUUAGCUAGCCUGAGGGACGUGGGUGAGAAACUCAUUGGAGAACGAGCUUUCCGUGUUUUAUUCGCAGGCGUGUCUCUUCCGUUAGCUGUUACUACUGUUGUUUAUUUCAUCAACCACAGAUAUGAUGGUGUGCAGUUGUGGCAACUUCAGGGUACUCCUGGGCUACACGAGCUUGUUUGGUUCGCCAACUUCGUUUCCUUCUUAUUCCUUUAUCCUUCGACCUUCAACCUGUUAGAGGUUGCAGCAGUUGACAAGCCCAAGAUGCAUCUCUGGGAAACUGGAAUAAUGAGAAUAACUAGGCACCCACAGAUGGUAGGGCAAGUAAUCUGGUGCCUUGCUCACACAAUUUGGAUAGGGAAUUCAGUUACAGCCGCAGCUUCUGUGGGUUUGAUUGCGCACCAUCUCUUUGGUGUUUGGAACGGAGACCGGAGAUUGGCCAUACGAUACGGUGAAGCUUUUGAAGCUGUUAAGAGUAGGACUAGUGUGAUUCCUUUUGCAGCUAUUCUCGAUGGGCGUCAGAAGCUACCAGAGGACUACUACAAGGAAUUCCUCCGGUUGCCGUAUAUCUCAAUAACAGCCUUGACAUUAGGGGCGUACUUUGCUCACCCACUGAUGCAGGCUGCCAGCUUUGGUCUACAUUGGUAGAAUCGCCUGCUGUAUAGGAGCAAGUCUCGGUUUUAUGGUGCUGUUCACUUGAAGAAUGAAAGCAGCGCGUUUGUUUUCAGUUGGGGCAUUUCACAACAAAUGAAACAUAGAUUAUUCAAAUGUGUAGUAAGAAACUAAAAUGCUUUAGCCUAAUACAAAAUUACAUUGCUUGCAA